GCAGUGCCUGACCUGAUGUGAUUGCAUAGGUGUGCGGACCUAGACGAGACAAGAAUUUUGGGGGCCGGUUUUAUUGUCUCCCUUGAAUUUUAGCAACUACUUAAGGAUGGAACUGAAAUACGGACAUACGUUGACUAAGGAGUUGGAAUAAGACUGAGUCCUGCUCUGUGAUAUUUGUAUACCUGGACCAUGAACUUGCUGUUUGGCUUCAUUCUUUAGGAACCUUUGUAGUAACUCUGUGAAGCUGUUGGGAAUCAUGGCAUUCUCUCCAUGGAAGUUGUCCUCUCAGAAACUCGGCUUUUUUCUGGUGACUUUUGGUUUCAUUUGGGGAAUGAUGCUUCUGCAUUUUACGAUUCAGCAACAAACACAACACGAAAGCAGUUCAGUCCUGCGUGAGCAAAUUUUGGAUCUCAGCAAAAGAUACAUCAAAGCGUUAGCCGAAGAAAAUAAAAAUGUGGUUGAUGGGCCUUAUGUUGGGACAGUGACAGCAUACGAUUUGAAGAAGACACUUGCCGUCUUGUUGGAUAACAUCUUGCAGCGCAUUGGGAAGCUGGAGUCCAAGGUGGAAAAUCUUGUGCUUAAUGGAACGGGAGCAAACUCCACCAACAAUACUAGCACUCCUGCUCCCAUCUUAGGAGCAGUUGAAAAGCUUAAUGUAGCAGAUCUCAUAAAUGGAGCCCAAGAACAGUGUGAAUUGCCUCCUAUGGAUGGUUUUCCUCACUGUGAAGGGAAAAUAAAGUGGAUGAAAGAUAUGUGGCGAUCGGAUCCCUGUUACGCAAGUUACGGUGUAGAUGGGUCCACGUGCUCCUUUUUUAUUUACCUCAGUGAGGUUGAAAAUUGGUGUCCUCGUUUACCUUGGAGAGCAAAAAAUCCUAAUGAAGAAACUGAUGAAAAAAUGGCGGCUGAAAUCCGUAUCAACUUUGAUAAUCUCUACAAAAUGAUGUCCCGACAUGAGGAAUUCAGGUGGAUGAUGUUGCGCAUCAGGCGAAUGGCUGAUACCUGGAUUGAAGCAAUUAAAUCACUUGCUGAAAAACAAAAUUUGGAGAAGAGAAAACGGAAAAAGAUUCUUGUUCAUCUGGGGCUUUUGACAAAGGAAUCUGGAUUCAAGAUUGCAGAAAAUGCGUUUAGCGGUGGCCCGCUUGGUGAAUUAGUCCAGUGGAGUGAUUUAAUUACAUCUCUCUACUUACUGGGCCAUGACAUCAGGAUUUCAGCUUCACUGGCAGAGCUCAAGGAGAUUAUGAAGAAAGUUGUAGGUAACAGAUCUGGCUGCCCCACCCAGGGGGAUAAAGUUGUAGAACUCAUUUACAUUGAUAUUGUGGGACUGACUCAGUUUAAGAAAACCCUUGGUCCAUCAUGGGUACAUUACCAGUGUAUGCUAAGAGUUUUGGAUUCCUUUGGAACUGAACCAGAGUUUAACCAUGCCCAUUAUGCCCAGUCUAAAGGCCACAAGACACCAUGGGGAAAGUGGAACCUUAAUCCACAGCAGUUUUAUACAAUGUUCCCUCACACUCCAGAUAACAGCUUCCUUGGAUUUGUGGUAGAACAGCAUCUGAAUUCCAGUGACAUUAAACACAUUAAUGACAUCAAAAGGCAGAAUCAAUCUCUCGUUUAUGGCAAAGUAGAUAAUUUCUGGAAGGAUAAGAAGGCUUAUCUGGACAUCAUCCACACCUACAUGGAAGUCCAUGGAACUGUUCACGGAUCCAGCACGAUGUAUAUUCCCGGCUACGUAAAAAACCACGGUAUUCUCAGCGGGCGGGAUUUGCAGUUUCUACUGAGGGAAACCAAGCUCUUCGUUGGUCUUGGAUUUCCAUAUGAAGGGCCGGCUCCUUUAGAGGCUAUUGCUAAUGGAUGUGCUUUUCUAAAUUUAAGAUUUAACCCACCAAAAAGUAGCAAAAACACAGAAUUUUUCAAAGGCAAACCUACACUCCGAGAGUUGACAUCUCAGCACCCCUAUGCUGAAGUUUACAUUGGGAAGCCCCACGUCUGGACUGUAGACAUCAAUGAUCUUUCAGAAGUUGAGAAGGCCGUGAAAUCAAUUUUGAAUCAAAAGAUUGACCCUUAUUUGCCCUAUGAAUUUACAUGUGAGGGGAUGCUUCAGAGGAUGAAUGCGUUCAUCGAAAGACAGGAUUUCUGCCACGGGCAGGUGAUGUGGCCCCCAUUAAGUGCCCUUCAAGUGAAAAUUGCUGAACCUGGGAAAUCCUGUAAACAAGUUUGUCAGGAAAGCCAGCUCAUCUGCGAGCCUUCCUUCUUCCAGCAUCUUAACAAGGACAAAGCUCUGCUUAGGCAUAACAUCGAAUGUCUCACCAUGGAGUCUGCAAAUGAUAUUCUGGUCCCCUCUUUCGAUGGAAGAAGGAAGCACUGUGUUUUCCAAGGUGACCUCUUACUGUUCAGCUGCGCCGGCUCCCACCCAACCCACAGAAGAAUCUGUCCCUGCAGAGACUAUAUCAAGGGGCAGGUUGCUCUUUGCAAAGACUGCCUAUAGCAGCAGCAGGGCUGCUUUGGAGUUGAGGACAAAAUGUAAGUAGUUUGGAGAGGAGCUACUUAUUACUUCCUGCACUUUUGUCCAGGUUUUUUCGCUGCAGGCAGAGCUAUCAUCGCUGGGCAGAAUUAUCUACUAAGAGAGGAGGGAUUCAUAACAAAACCCGCUAACUGAUCUUUUUUUUCCAAUGAGGACAUUUGCAGUGUCACUCUUCAGAUUCCUUCAUCCGAUUGCGAAGAGAAACGAGUCUCGUGUUCUACGGUGAUUUGAAGAUGACUGCACAGAAGAGUUUGUAGAAAAUUCCCAGACUCAUCAAACUUCUUUUUUUCUGUUGUUUGGGUGAAGUCUUUUCUAUUUUUUUAAAGAGUUAGGACAUCCCCCAUCACGGUUAGCUAAAGGAUCUCAACUUCAUUCCAGUAGAAAACUGAAACGAGUGUGCUUGAGGGAGAGGGGGGGUGCAGGGGAGGGAGGACUAACAUUUUAUUCUAGAUGCACUGUUUUGGGUACUGCUUUAGCUUGAAUGGCUAUAAAGUGGUUUAAUUCACAAGAACUCAGAAUGACAAGAUAGCUCUGUACCCUGUUAUUGGGUUAUCUGGGCCCAGUUCUUUUUUUCUUUUUCUUUUUUUUUUUUUUUAAAUCUUUGUCUACAAGAAGGUAUUGUCUGCGCCGUGGCCGCUGCCUCCCAGCAGUCCAAACAGAGAGUAUCAUCAACGAGCAAACAGGCAGUUGCCAGCGUGUGACACAUCAUCUCGGUGACCCGACAACUGACUGGGGUUGUGUGGCAUUCUUCAGUGUGGAAAAGCUACAAAAAAAAAAAAACAAAAACAAAACAAACCAUGCUGCCAUUUUCGGAAUGGACUUGUCACAGUUCACUGGUCCCAUUUAGAGAGUAAUCCUUGGAAUUUGCCCACGCUUCUGUUGUAGUCUGUCUACUAGAAAUACUGUGUGAAGCAAAAAGUAUUCAGCAUCAUUGGAGCAAUAUUAUCGUUAGAGCCUCAGUUUGCUACGGCUUCCAGUAGUUAAAAGUGUUGCUGAAUGACAUAGAAAGGUUAAACUAAGCUAACUAUAAUUAUUGUAUGGUAGAAAUGUAAAAAUGUCUUCAUAACUAGCUAGGUUUUUAAAGAGAAAUUUUUUCCGAAGAACAAGUAAGAGGAGACAAACAACUGCUAAGAAAAGCGUUGAUCAAUCUCGUGGGUUCUUUGAUUGUUUUUCUGGUUUUGGAGGGGGGGGGGGGGGAUUUGUUUGGGGUUUUUGUGUUUCUUUAGCCGGCACACCAGUUACAAAUUUAGACAAAAACAAUUCAAGACUUUGGAAUUCAAGUCAAACUUCAUUUAUUUCUUUUUAGCGCAGCAAAGUUGCAUCUUCUAAACCCGCCUUCUUUUGGUAGAGGUCAUUUUUGUGGUUUUGGGCAGAAGGUGGGGUGCUUGACAGCCCCAUCUGGACUCAGCAAAUGCUCUGCUAAGGGCAGUGAGGAACAGGUCUGAGGGUGCUAUGGAGGCAGUCCCAGUCUGCAGGUUCACAACUGGCCACGUUCUGAUCAGACUGGGAAAAAAACCUAAAAUCAACAGAUUUUUUUCCAUAAAAUUAACCAGGUAAUAGCGAAAAGCGUAGGUAUUUUAACUUUUCCUUUCAUGGCUGUAUCUGGUUGGUUCAGAUUUUGGUUGUAACGGGCAUUCAUUAGCUGUGUGUGAAUAGGGACAGAUCCCUUCACCUACCAAAGACCAAGCAAAGGAAAUGCUGUUUAAUCUUGGAUCAGUUCUCAAGAGAAGAGAACGGAAUGGGAUACAUUUAAAGUUUCAAUUUAAAAGCAAGGAAUUGGCUUUUUCAAGUUUUUUGUUUCCUGCCUCGGCACUCCUGAGCCCUUUCCUGAGGUCACUGUGGGCCACGCGGGAACUUCAGCCCCAGAGAGGGUUGAGGACCCAAAAAGGAUUAAGUGGGAGCUGUUGAGCAGCAGCAUCACCAGUAACUGGGCUGUCACGAUGAUAAAAUUGCUGUAUUUUAGAGUAACUGUCCAGAAAAGGAACAGCUGGGUUCUGUAACGGGAGGCAAACUGUUGGUAUGAAAAGAAAACAAGCAGAAACUAGUAUGAAAAUCCUUAGUGUCACCACAGCUCGGCGUCUGCUUCAGUCAGCACGGAGGCAGUGGGCAGGAGCUUUACUGCCCUGAAGAGCUGGGGGAGGAGGAUUGGAAACGGGUCUGAGCAGGAGCAACGAUUCAUUUUUGUAUUUAUAUAAAGUACUCCCCGCAUACUUGUGCAUAUUUGUGUGACUGGAAAACCCUGCAUCAUAAAAUGUAGAUAUAUAUACGCUAAUCCCUGGGGCUGAAAGUAGAGGCAAAAGCAGAAUUUGCCUUUGCCUGUUCAGCCUGAGGUUCUUCAGGCAGGAAAUUAGUUUGGAAUGAGAUAUCACGGAAUUACGUCAGAAACAGAGAUUUGUGUGUGUGCACUUAAAGAAUGCAAAACACGUCGUUUUUCGCUGUAGUAGAAUUCUUUGCUGUAAAUACAGAUUUGCUUGUUUCCCCCUCACUGUACGACCCACAUGGCACACUGCUUUUCCUUUUCCCUCUAAACCUUUCAAGAUGUGAGGGUUUGGGUAUUUGGUAACAGAAGAUUUUCUGGUCUAGUGCUUUGCUGGACGCUAAGUUUGCCUUUACCACAGCAGGGAGAGUCUGGAAGGAGCUCUGGGUUUUUGGUGCUGGUUCUUUCUAGCCCACUGAACUGAUUUACUGCAGACUGGCCAAAACGAAACAGCAAACACCGACCGCCUGCAUUUCAGCAAGAAACAGAACAUCCAGAUUGGCCUCUGAAUCUGUUUCCACUGAAAUCUAGAGAGAAGGCUCAUUAAUCUUAAAAGAAAAAAAAAAGAAUCGAGACCUAUAAUUUGUUAGGCCUUUAGUAUUAAUUUUAAACUCUCUUUGCAGAAGAAAUACUGCUUUUAUGAGAUAGGGCUUUGGUCUAAAUGUCUGUCAAAGGGGACUAUCGUGAGAGACCUGUGAGUGCAUAAACCCCGUAACCAUUUCUCACCCCCCCAGCUCUCCCCGUCGCGCAGCAGUUCGUUUGUGCCGUCACAAAUACACAAAUCCUUCCGCAGAUAAAGCACUCAGGCAAAUCCAAGUGGGGCUAUUUCACAGUUUGAACCAUUUACUAAAACAUAUAAUAUAUAUAGAUAUCUAUAUCUCCACAUUUCAGGAUAGAGAGCAGCUUCUGUCCAAGUUCCGUAACUGUUUUCCUUCCUAAUUAAAGGCCAGAGGUGGAGUCCAGUUCUUGCACUUAGAGGAGGGGAUGGGAGAUGGGACUGUGCUACUGGUUUCCAGUCUGACAGCAAAGCUUGCAGCUUCCUGUGCUCACAAAUCAGGUUUUUGCAUGACUUGCGUUUGAAUAUAUUGAUCGGCGAUUGAUGGGGAAAAAAAAAAUUGUCAAAAGUUGAAUAUAAAAACAUUUUACAAGCUUUUAAACAUAUCUCUCAUAUCAAGACAUUCUUUGUUUUAAAAUUUUGUAUUUUUGUAUGUGACCUAGUUUUUUUCAAAAAUCUUGUUCCUACGAGAUUAGAAAACUUGAGAGAAGCAUUUACAUAUUUAUUAAAAUUAACAUAAAAGGCUUGCCUUUGAAAGGUAAAGUUGGUAAAUACACACUGUUUAAAAAUGCCAAUAAAAACCUCAUUUAUUUCAUAUAUGCAAGUUGAUUUGCACAUGUAUAAAUAGAGUUGCUUUUUGCAUUUUUUGCUUAGUUUCUAUGUUUCCUUUUUGUAAUUUAUAGUUGCAGCUGUGUGUUUGCUUGUUUAUAUCAGAUUAUGUUUCUCCUGCAGAUAUUUAAUGUUUAUGUGCCUUUUUUUACUUUCUUUGGGGUUUGGAUGAGUGUUUGGGAUACGGGCACUGUCUGAACAAGUAUAAUGGAACACUAAUUGCAGGUAAAAAUAACACUUGAUGACUCUACAACUUAACGGUGUGAAUUUUGAAUGUUUUUAAGUAGUGGAAAAAUCUGUUCUAAAACUAUAAGGUAAGGGUUCAUAAGAUAAGAGAUAUUCUAACUUUAAUAAUUCUUGCAAACCGUUGCUUCUGCGAGCAGAACGCCCUUUAUUGAAUAUCUGUAAUUUGACGUGGGAGCUCCUGCUGGGAUGGGAUGUCUCUUUGAUGACCAAAGAGCAAAUUAAAGCCCUUCCAUUCCCCAAGGAGCCAACAGAAAACCUCUAGAAAGAGCCGAAUCCGAUUUGAGCAGCAGGGAAAUUGAAGAUGCACAUUAAAGUCUGUCAGGUGUCGGGGUUUCGGAUAAAGCCCUCUGCAUGUGAAAGCACAGGGGGUGAUUCCUGGGGCUCCCAGGAGAAGAGAGUCCUUUGAUGAUACCUAAAUUUAUGACUUGCAGUGGGGAGAGAACUCUGGAUAUUCAGCUGAAAGGUUCUGUGAUAAAUCCAGGAGAAACGGGGUUGUUACCUGAUGGCUUCUCUCCUCACUGAAUCAUGUUGUGCUACUGUCCUUUAAAAUCCUACACAAGGUCCUUGGGUGUAUCCUUGAUAAGACAGACGUGUCCUCCCCUCACAAAAAUGAGUGGCCCAGCUAAAUUACAGUGUGAUUUAGGAGUUUGCAGCACUUCUCGUGUAAACAAACCCCCGAUUGCUUUCUCAGGUAUGUAUUUUGCUCAUCGUGCAUUUCGGGACCAGAUUUUGCUAGUAAAAUAAAUUAAAUGGGCUGGAUCAGGCUGGAUACAAUCUCAUCCAACUCUAAUUAAUUUCACGACUCCCACUGGCUUCAGUGGUAGCAGAACUCCUCCAGUAAUUUUUCUUCAAAUUAAAAAAAGCAGCUCUCCCUUUUUAAUAAUGAUAAAGCACUGUAUCUUACAGAGAGAGACCAAGCGCCCACUUUCGCGUGCUGUGAUGGCGUGUUAUUGUCUCUAAGUUACUAAUUAUUAAAAUAUCAGUUGACAAGUUGGUUAAAUAGCUGUUCAGUCUACAGUUGGAGGUUGGAGGGGCGGGUGAUUGUUGUUUUGCUGUUUGUUUGGGGGUUUUUCAGGCGACUAUUAGUUACCAGUUUCCAAUUUGGCAGCCUUUUCCAGGGGUGGUACCAUUUUGGCACAGCUGCUCCUCGGGGAUGUUUGUCCUACGGUGGCUCUGCCUUUGACUUUGGACUCAUCAGCUCUUUCCAUCUGUCGUUCUCCUUCGGUCCCACAGGUUUGGGGAUGGCCCUAAAGUGGAGGAGAAUGAUGCACUGACAGGUGGAGGUUUUAGUUGAGGCUGGGAUAGAGAUGGUUUCCUGGAGAUAACGCUUUCGUAAUCUUGCUGUAAAUGUAACUUCAGAACAGGUUGUUUUACGGGCACUGACUUAAAUCUCGUCUGCGUAUUUUUUAGCAGCUCUAUAGGGUUGGGUUUUUUUAAAUUAGGUUGUAAUUUCCAAAUAUUAUAUUUAAAUGGAACGUGUAAAGAGCAAACUCCGUGUAUCAAGUGUAAAAUGUUUACUGUAGGAGUGUGUAGAAGCGAGCAGAGGCUGAACCCCAGGCUGCCUCAGGUGUGAGGCUCGUUCGUGUUCUUUCUCACAGGGAAAACCACCCAAGUGCAGCCGUUGCCCCCGUGUCUGGCUUUUAUUGGUGUCAUCUUUUGCAUAUUCAUGGAAUUCUGAGGAUACAAUAGUACGUUUUAAUUAGCAGAGUGCUCUCAACAGCCCUAAGCCACCUCUUUAUCCGAUGGGUAACCAAAAUCGGGUCCUCAAAGAUUUGAUGAAAGGAGCGAUCGCUCCUCCUUCCGCACCCACAAACUGCUUUGUAAAGAUUGGGGUGUGAUGGAGUGAAAGAACCCCCCUCUCUGCUGGGGAGAGCGGGGCAGGUGCCAUCCCCUCUGUCUCGGGUGGGCUGUGCAGGAGAACAGAGCUUGUCACCGUGUGCCAGGGCUUAUACCCAGAGGGUUAUACCCAGAACUAAUUUGUUACCUUCGUUAACAGGUCGGUUGCAGUACAGCGGCGGUGAAAACCGUUUUUAAGAAGUCAUGGGUUUAUUUGGUUUUCAUAAAGGAAUACAGCAGAGGAGGAGGAGGAGGAGGAGAUGGCAGUUUUUACCAGAGGAAAAAAAAAGAGUAAAUCUUACGAGAAGAGAGAAGUUACCCUGAAGAUUCUAAAAGAAAAAUAGAAAGGAAUAUUUACAAAGCUAGUUGGAGCUUGGAGACGUUGAUAUCCUUGAGCUUGCAAGGCUGAGCGCUGUGGGGACAUCCUCCAGAGGGAAAUUUGGGGCAGCUCUUUGCCUUUUGGUCAGUCAUUCCCUGGAGGAGACUCUGUCUCCAUGGGGGAAGGGGGUUAAAAUCAGAUUGCACCGUAAAUGGAAACAAAACCUACUGAAAUCUGUAAAAAGUGAAAGAUUGCUGCUUUUUGCAGAUAAUUGGAGUCAAUGAGAGUUUUUUAUAUGGAUAGAAGAACUUCAGGGUCAGGCUGGUACUCUGGUGCUUGGUUUGAACGCUCUCCUGAAAGGUUGAUCCUUUGUUUUAUUUCAAUGGUUGUGUUCCACUAUAUUACGUUCAAGCAGUUUGAUUCAGAAAGAACAGAACACAGUGGUUCAGAUACUGUCAAGUUACUGGGGUUCAAUAGGAUGGCUUUUUUUUUUUUUUAAUUUUUUUUUUUUAGAAGAGUAAAUGUCUGUACUUUUAAUGGCAUAGAAAAAUGCUUUGUUUUCACUGUUGUAGAAAAAAAACUAGGGAGAACUUUAUUUUUCAAUAAACCUUUUUCUUGUGUGA